GUUUAAGUAGAAACACGUUUACAUGUAGCGCUUUACCUCCCUCUAAUGGUUGCAGUGGGAAGUUGUUUUUGAGAGCAAAUACCGAAUGGCAGCAAGCAAUGUCGACUCGUGUGCAUGUGUUAAAAGCUGAUGUUUAAACCUUUUAUGUUGUGCCUUGGACAAGAUUUGUCCUUUUACGACGGUCUUAAGAGGGCAAUGGUUUGAGGCCAUUCUACAAAUAAAUCAGCUAAAAGAAACCAAGUCUGAUUAUUUGGAGCGUCGUUAACUCGCUGUCUAGCUGGUGAAAAACUAGAUGCUUCAGACCAACCAGUGUGCUCCCGGGUGGCGCGGGCACCGCACCAGCUGCUACAAGAAGAUGGGAGUCCCCAACGGUUGGCUGGGCGCCUGGCACCACUGCGUCUCUGAGGGCGGCAACCUGGUCUCGAUCACCUCCUCGGCCGAGGAAGACUUUGUGAAGGCGACCAUGGGCGUGGACACCCGCUUCUGGCUGGGACUCUCCAACCAGAAAUGUGACAAGGUCUGGUGUCGCUUUGAAGACGGGAGCCAGAAGCUGGCCUGGUCUGAUGGCGAGACAAUAAAGCACACCAACUGGGCCCCAAAUCAACUCGAAAGCGCCGACGUCGCGUCCUGCGCCCAUGUUGACCAAAAGGCUUGGAAGGAUUCCGGGAAGUGGAGGUCUGGCUCCUGCGCUUCCUCCUUAGCCUACAUGUGCAAACGGCCGCUGGACUGCCCGACGUGUUCCCCCAAAAGUGGUCCUGCUGUGGUGAAGACUUCUGACUGCGACGAUGGCAACAUCCUUUAUGGCUAUCAUUGCUAUUUUCAUGGCCCGAGUCGUGAAACUCAAGAGGAUGCUGAGGAGUUCUGUCUCGCCCGGGGAGCCCACCUGCCUCGCGUCCACUCUAAGCAAGAUGUCCAAUUCCUGUCUGAUCACCUUCAAAAUUAUCAUUUUCUUUGGGUGGGACUCAAGAAGAAGGGAGACAACUACAAGUGGAGUGACGGAACAGCUUUGGUAAGUGAAUUGCUGGAGGCCUUUGAAAAAGUCGGUUUGCAGGCAUCCGUUUUGUCUUGAAGCAUCGGGCAGCCGAUGAGACAUUUUUGGCGCUCUGAUUUUAGAGACAGCGAGGAGGCAGUUAAGAUGUCCAGGAACUAUCCUGGAUGGUGCCUCUGGUUUGUCUUUAGGUCUUCAGGGUUAGUUGCAUUGCGCAUGAGACCUUUGGGUCGCCAGAGAGGGCACAACAUGCUUCAUUUCAUUGCAAUGUUCAUACUACUUUGACUGACAAUAAAGUGAAGCCGACAAACCAAAGUGAAACUUGAAUGAGAGAAGGCACGCCAUUAAGUGAGGAAAUGCGGCAGGAAGACGACCAGAUCAAAUGCAACACGCUUAAAGUUCUAUCCAAAAUCUCGUCCGCGGGACUACGAAGAUCUCGACGACAGAAGCUACUCCGGUGGUGACUGUGCAACAAUAUUUGAUGCACAGAUCUACCUGAACUUACCAUGCCACUGGAAGCAGUCAGUUAUCUGCCAAACAGCCAAGCGCGGCGGAGGGCGUCCACCAUUGGUGGGCGAACCUGAUUGGACUGACAAAUGCGGCUGGUGGCUGGAUGACCCCUCCAGCGACUUCUGCUACCUGAUCAUCCCACAGCCCACCAAGACCUGGCAGGUGGCGCAAGACCACUGCCAAGCCCACCAAGGGAACCUGCUCAGCAUCGCCGACUCGCACGAGCAGGACUUAGGGGUGGGGAAAUUCAGGCCCCAGCAGUAUCCAUACCACAGAGCGGGUAUACAAAAGACACACAGAUGGCAUGAGCGCAACUCAAUAGGCUCUCAUAAGGCUGCCACACAACGGCGCCACAAAGAAAGUCAGAAAGUGCACAAGAUAAAAGCCAUCAAAGCAAAUCAAAGCUAAAAGACAAAGGAAAAAAAGUAACAGCGGCCACCUAGCACCCCUCAAUACAAGAGAACACCACAAAACACACAAAAUAGCCUCCACGGGGUCCAUCGACGGGUGUAAGGGCAGUCCAGUUCAACGGCGCCCAAUGGACCGUGGUGGUGAAUUGGUGAAAACACCACAAAGCAGGCAAACGUGCGAGCAGCGUCCCGGGCACCCUGUCGGGGGACGUGCAGAUGGUCACCACGGGGCUAGCAUGGCGAAAGUCGUUGGUUCCGACGAGCACGAGGGAGCGGACUCCCCACAGGUGUUGCGGCUGCAAGGCCAACGCGAGGGACCCGGUCAUCGCUGGUCGGAUAAGCAGGAAGCUGUCGUAGAGUUACGCCGGCCUCGACCGAUGAUCCCGGUCCCAGGAAGAAAAGAUAAAUAAAAUAAAAUAUCCGAUCCGAAGAGGUACCGAGGUGCGGUAGAAGGCACCAGCAACGCCGAAUGGACAAAAAGACAGAAGAAAAAGGAGAAAAGAAGGAAAUAAAGAGGAAAAGAGAGAGAACACUGCUGGGAGGCAGCCACUCACGGCGCCAUACCAAGAGAUACGAGCCGAAACCAAACUGCACGUUCACGGAGGAGCUGAAUGAAAAGUUCGA